AUGGCGGGCGAGGACAAGAAAAGGGUCGCCAUCAUUGGCGCUGGCAUAUCCGGGCUCGUUUCACUCAAAGAAUGUCUUGCCGAGGGUAUCAAGGCUCACAUCUUCGAGGGUCGGUCGGAAAUCGGUGGGCAAUGGGCGUAUCAAGCUGAGCCGGACGAGAAGGGCGAAUUACAGUCGUCCAUGUACGACGGUGUCAUUCUGAACUCAUGCCGCGACACAACAGGAUUUAGCGACUUUCCCAUUGACCCGGAGCGACACGGCGAUUAUUUCAGCCAUCGGGAGAUGCAUCGCUACGUCCUCGACUACGCCGACUAUUUCGGACUCCAUAAACACAUCAGCCUGUCGACCAAGGUGCUAGGUUGCUCGCAAGCGAAGGACGGCAAGUGGAACGUGCGGACCCAGGGAGUAGACGGGAAGCAGCCAGAGGAAGGAAUCUACGAUGUCCUGAUCUCGGCCACUGGCAUCAACUCGCUUCCGAUUAUCCCCAAAUUCAAGAAUUGCGAGGCGUUCCAGGGUGAGUUCUUUCACAGCCACUACUACCGUAAGCCUAGCCGCUUUGAGGGAAAACGUGUCGUGAUCAUCGGCGCCGGUUCGGCUGCCGUGGACAUUGCCAGCGAACUCGUAACGUGUUCCAAAGAAGUACACUUUGUAACACGUCGAGGAACUUGGGUGAUGCCUCGUUACGUCCUCGGUAAACCUAUCGAAUCUUGGGACAGCCGUGUGUCGCAGACUUGGCUCCCGCCAUCCGUGGCGGAGUGGCUCAACACGAAGCUGCUGAACCUCGUGCAGGGCAAGCACCCAAAGGUCUUGCAACCAGAACACGGCAUGAUGGCACAGAACGCCACGGUCCGCAGCGAGUUCAUCGAAAGAGUGCGCACAGGGUCCAUCAAGGUCCAUCGCAGCACUGUCGACAGUUUCACAGAGACCGGAGUCGUACUCGCGGACGGGGAAACGGUCGAAGCAGACGUCAUCAUCUCGGCUACCGGAUACAAGCGCGAGCGACCCUACCUGCCCAGCGACGUGCUGAGCAACCAAGACACGCCGGAGUUCGAGACGGAUCUGUACAAGCUCAUCGUCCCGGCAAGAUACGAGAACCUCUACUUUGUGGGCUACAUCGAGCAGCCCGGUCCUACACCGCCCGCCGUAGAAGCGCAGGCACGCUUUGCCGUUGGGGCGAUUGCAGGACUCCACACCGUACCAAAGGGUGAGGCGCUGCUAAAGGAGAUUCGAGCUUGGCAGGCAUGGCAUGCCAAGACGUACGUGCGGUCGGAGAGACACGUGAACACCGAGACCUACGUGCCGUACAUCGACAGUCUGCUGAAGCCGCUAGGAGCGAGGCCCUCGUUCGGUAGGUUGUUGGGCCAGGUGUUCACGAGUGGUCGACCAUUCGAGGCCCUAAGUGUGUUGAUUGCUGUUUACUUUGAAAUCACAAGCAGUGCGCAGUGGCGGCUGCUGGGCCAUGGCAAGAAGCCGGACCUGGCGAAGGCAACGGUGUUAAGAAUAUCUUCUGGGAAGGAGAAGUUUACCGCAAAGGAAGAAGAACUACUUGGGUUGUGA